AUGCCCAACGGUUCCCUGCGCAAGGGCUCCCGGAAAAUUAAUGCUCAGAGUGAGAGGCCUCCCUCCAUUGCAGGAUCAACCUCCGCCUCUACGGCGGUCAACCGUCACGACGUCACCCGACGCUUGAGCGGCGCAUGGAGUUCCUUCACCGCCCGGCUGUUGGACCCCGCUGCUGGAAGCUUUGAGGUUCCUGAUGCGUUGCCACUUGGUGUUUCGGCUUCAAAGGCUGAGCACUCUGCCGCGCAGCUGCUUCCCCCCUCCCCCGCCUCCGCGCCCUCCCGGCCAAGAGGCGAGCAGUUAGAGAAACAAAAACACCCCGUGGGGGAAGUCUUUUGUUGCCACCUUCGACGACGGAGGGCACGAAAGAACCGCUCGCCCUUUAAAGCGAAAGUCCUGAGCCGCGAUGAGUGUCGGAGGCGUACGGGCCGAGCUCGCCAGAAACCUCCACCCUUCCUGGACAGCGCGAGGAAGGCCGGAGCUGCUCGGCGCCGGGACAACCCAGGACGCAGACCCAGGGCCAGCACCGCACGAGCCAGCUGGAGCAACGCAGGUCUCCUCAAGGGCUCGUGGAGGACUCCGUGGACUGAAGCAGCCCAGCUGUUGGCUGGCUGCAACCUUCGAGGAGGAUGCAAGAGGCAACACAGCUACUACAGCCAAAGACCCUGCGUGUGCCACGCAUGCAGCUACUGUGGUAUCCACGAUCCAGCGUGUGUGGUGCACUGCAAUACCAGCAAGAAGUGGUUCUGUAACGGACGUGGAAACACAUCUGGCAGUCACAUUGUGAACCACCUGGUGAGAGCAAAAUGCAAAGAGGUGACGCUGCAUAAGGACGGGCCGCUGGGCGAGACGGUGCUGGAGUGUUACAACUGCGGCUGUCGUAACGUCUUCCUCCUGGGCUUCAUCCCUGCCAAGGCCGAUUCCGUCGUGGUGCUACUCUGCAGGUACCUGAAGGACAUCAACUGGGACAGCUCACAGUGGCAACCGCUGAUCCAGGACCGCUGCUUUCUGUCCUGGCUGGUGAAGAUCCCAUCGGAGCAGGAGCAGCUCCGAGCCCGUCAGAUCACCGCCCAGCAGAUCAACAAGUUGGAGGAGCUCUGGAAGGACAACCCCAGUGCCACCUUGGAAGACCUGGAGAAACCGGGAGUGGACGAGGAGCCCCAGCAUGUGCUGCUGCGUUAUGAGGACGCCUACCAGUACCAAAACAUCUUUGGCCCUUUGGUCAAACUGGAGGCUGACUACGAUAAGAAGCUUAAGGAGUCCCAGACCCAAGACAAUAUAACAGUCAGGUGGGACCUGGGGCUGAAUAAAAAGCGGAUUGCCUAUUUCACACUGCCCAAGACGGAUUCAGGUGAUAUGCGGCUGAUGCAAGGUGACGAGAUCUGCUUGCGGUACAAAGGAGACCUGGCCCCGCUGUGGAAAGGCAUCGGCCAUGUCAUCAAAGUCCCUGACAACUACGGCGAUGAAAUUGCCAUCGAGUUGCGGAGCAGUGUUGGAGCCCCUGUGGAAAUCCCCCACAACUUCCAGGUGGACUUUGUGUGGAAGUCAACUUCCUUUGACAGGAUGCAGAGCGCCCUGAAGACGUUUGCAGUGGAUGAGACCUCCGUGUCUGGUUACAUUUACCACAAAUUGCUGGGACACGAGGUAGAGGAUGUCACCAUUAAGUGCCAGCUGCCAAAGCGCUUCACUGCCCAGGGCCUGCCCGACCUCAAUCACUCACAGGUGUAUGCUGUAAAGACGGUGCUACAGAGGCCCCUCAGUCUGAUCCAGGGUCCUCCUGGCACUGGGAAAACUGUCACCUCUGCCACUAUUGUCUACCACCUGUCCCGCCAAGGCAACGGACCAGUCCUGGUGUGUGCUCCCAGUAACAUUGCUGUGGAUCAGCUGACAGAGAAGAUUGACAAGACUGGACUGAAGGUCGUCAGGCUGUGUGCCAAGAGCCGGGAGGCCAUCGAGUCACCAGUGUCCUUCCUGGCUCUGCACAACCAGAUCAGCAACAUGGACAGCAUGCCAGAGCUGCAGAAGCUUCAGCAGCUGAAGGAUGAGACUGGUGAGCUGUCGUCUGCUGAUGAAAAACGCUACAGGGCUUUGAAACGCACUGCUGAGAGGGAGCUGCUCAUGAAUGCUGAUGUCAUCUGUUGUACCUGCGUCGGGGCUGGUGAUCCUCGUCUGGCCAAGAUGCAGUUCCGCUCCAUCCUGAUUGAUGAGAGCACUCAGGCCACUGAGCCAGAGUGUAUGGUGCCUGUGGUGCUGGGAGCCAAGCAGCUCAUCCUGGUGGGUGAUCACUGCCAGUUGGGUCCGGUGGUAAUGUGUAAGAAGGCAGCCAAAGCAGGUCUGUCCCAGUCCCUGUUUGAACGCUUGGUGGUUCUAGGGAUCCGGCCAAUCCGCCUGCAGGUCCAGUACCGCAUGCACCCGGCUCUCAGUGCCUUCCCCUCCAACAUUUUCUACGAGGGCUCCCUGCAGAAUGGCGUCACUGCAGCUGACCGCAUCAAGAAAGGCUUUGACUUCCAGUGGCCUCAGCCGGACAAGCCCAUGUUCUUCUACGUGACUCAGGGUCAGGAGGAGAUUGCCAGCUCUGGAACCUCGUACCUUAACAGGACGGAGGCGGCCAACGUGGAGAAGAUCACCACAAGGCUGCUGAAAGCCGGAGCCAAACCCGACCAGAUCGGCAUCAUCACCCCGUACGAGGGUCAGCGCUCUUACCUGGUCCAGUACAUGCAGUUCAGUGGCUCCCUGCACACCAAACUCUACCAGCAAGUGGAAAUUGCCAGCGUGGAUGCCUUCCAGGGCAGAGAGAAAGACUUCAUCAUCCUGUCUUGUGUUCGUGCCAAUGAGCACCAGGGCAUUGGCUUUCUGAAUGACCCACGUCGUCUCAACGUGGCACUGACCAGAGCCAAGUAUGGUGUGAUCAUUGUGGGGAACCCCAAGGCCCUCUCCAAGCAGCCGCUGUGGAACAACCUGCUGAACAACUACAAGGAGCAGAAAGUCCUGGUGGAGGGACCCCUCAACAACCUGAGGGAGAGCCUCAUGCAGUUCAGCAAGCCCCGCAAACUGGUCAACACCAUCAACCCUGGGGGCCGUUUUAUGAGCACUGCCAUGUACGAUGCCCGUGAGGCCCUCAUCCCUGGCUCCGCCUACGACCGCAGCAAUGCUGCCGGACGUCCGUCCAACAUGUACUUUCAAACUCAUGACCAGAUCGGGAUGAUUGGGGCGGGCCCCGGUCACAUGGCCGCUAUGAAUAUUCCCAUACCCUUCAACCUGGUGAUGCCGCCAAUGCCUCCGCCCAGUUACCUGGGUCAGACCAAUGGCCCUGCUGCAGGUCGUGGAGCUAUGAAGGGUAAGCCCGGGCGCGGCGGGCGGCAGAGGGUCCGCGGCUCAGGAAACCAGGGUUCCAGUCAGGGUAACGGGCCAAACAGCCAGGUCAGCCAGGAUGGGGCAUCCCAGUCCUUCUCCCAGGGCCCACUGACACAGGGCUACAUCUCCAUGAGCCAGCCCUCUCAGAUGAGCCAGCCUGGCCUCUCCCAGCCGGAACUGUCCCAGGACAGCUACCUGGGCGAUGAGUUCAAGUCCCAAAUCGAUGUGGCUUUGUCCCAGGACUCAACUUACCAGGGUGAACGUGCAUACCAGCAUGGUGGGGUAACUGGACUGUCACAGUACUAGAUUGUCACUUGAAGAAGGGAGCUAGGCUUGAGCUGAGCUUAGUUCAUCAGCUUUUUAAUCUGGGAAAUAAUAAAAACAUAAAAUGGAUACCUGUUUUCCUCUGCUACAACCGAAGCACCACUGAGUGAAAGCGACGGGAUAGCGAAACCAAACCAAUGACCAGCGAGAGAGAUAAGAGGGUAGAAGAAGACGAGAGCACGAACAGACGGGCAGGGAAGAUGGCAAGAGAGGCCGAGUGAACAAGCAAGAGGCAGGGACCGAUGUCCGUGCUAAGUGAAGGAGGGAAGUCGAGAAAAUGGCGGCGUGUGGUCGAGCUGCUGAGGGAAACAGAGGGGAGAUCUCACUGGUCUCAUGGGAAUCCAAAUGAGGCUCAACUCCCAAUAAAACUAUCCAGCCAACCCCUUCAACCUACGGCCUCCAGGAAAGGAAGGAAAGCUAUGUUAUCUUCAGGUGGGGAUCGAAGCUUUCCAACUGAAUUUGAAGAACUUGUUCUCCAAACAUGCAGGGGGGGGGGCAUGAUUACAGAAAGCCAUUGAACAGGCAACAAAAAAAAAAUCCCCACGCUAAAAGUCGGUUGGUUCCUCGACCUGUUUCUCUUAAAUUUGGUUCAUCAUGGGAGGAGAGCGGCACCAACAAUCUUCUAUUGGGCCCAACAACCUCAGCAGCCUCUGAAGGAAGCGGCAGUCGACACACCCACUCGGAAGAGGAAAUAAAAACACGGUUUCUGUGCUUGAGUCUGAGAUUAAAGAGCCUUGAAUUGAAAUACCUUUGAUUUGCCUUGAGAACCACUGGCUCACUCACAAGGUCUUUAAUGGGGUGGUUUCGACCACACGUCAGUGGUGGAGUGGCACAGGGAUUUCAGACUGUUUUUUCAAGGCAUGACGCGCGAAUCCCAACGAUAUCGCGACCAUCAUGGGACAGUUUUUCUUCUCUGAAGUACCUUUCUUAUCACAGAGCACAAAAUUGCAAAAAAGUCAUCGAAACUAUCAAACAUGACCAGCAUUGAAUAUUCAACUCAAUGUCAUUUGAUGUUUCAGCGAAGGCUUUUCCUUAUUUUAAUCUUUUGGAAGCAGGGGUGGUGUACCACUGCGCUUCAUGACCAGAUGUCUUUUUUAAAACACUCUGUGUACGCUUAGAUUGGCAAAUGCUUGAAUGCUUUGCAUCGAUUGAUUCCUCAGGGGAUUGUGGACUGUCCACACUCAUCACACAAAUCCCUGCUUGAGGUGAAAGAAACCAAACAAGAAGGAUGAUGGUAGUCGAGGCUUAUAGGCGGUCGUGGCAAUCAAUCCACCACAGGUAAGGAGUAGAAAAGGAAGGUGGCUGAGGGAGAGAAGGAUAUGAGAGUUUCCACAUCUGGAAGAUUAAUUCAGGCCAUCGCCAGGGUUAAAAAUUUAGAGGGAAAUGUUUGGCAUUAGGACUGCUCAGUCCCAAUGGAUGACCACACAUUAGAUGUAGUUGUAAACGUCAUUUUGAUUUUGUGAAUAGUAUUCACAUAACAAGCAAUAUAGCUGUUCUGAUGGCCAUAUUGCCCAGCCCACAAGUCUAAAGAUAAUUAGGGUAAGAAUUUCAUAAAGGAAAUAUAUCUAAAAUUUCAGUUGAAAGGUCUUUACCUUCUGUUUAUUAAAACAUUUUACCAAACCCCUGUUACACAAAGUGGAAAUGCCGUCAGUACUGAUUAGAUGGCAAAGAGAUGAACGAGAAACGUGAAUCAGUGCCUAUAACCAAUCACCUUCAGAUAAACAGCUGCAGCACAAGCAUGAAUGUAGUUAAAAUCAAACUACCAGCAUAAUGAUAAUAAUAAAAAAAAAAACUUCCACACACCAGAGGGCUCAAGAAACCCACAGAAAAGGACUUGUUGUUAUUUUUUUAAUAAAAUCAGGCCAGGUAAUGACGAGGUCGAUGAGUUUAGCAGCUGGGUAGUUUUUCAAAGGGUGGGCAGAUGAAAAAAAAGCCACCUUCCUUCUCUGUGGAGUAAAACAAACGAAGGCUGGUAGAAUUUCUUUUUUCCUUCUGUGGACUUUUGAUUUGUGCAAAGCUGUUUUUGCCUGCAUUAUGUAUUCCUUGUAGAGUUCCUCUUGAGAUUUAUGUGGAUCCUGAACCCUCUUCCUGGAGAACUUUGUGAACCUGAACCUUGAGUUGAUCCAAACUUUGCUUUUUGUCGGAUGAUUCGCUGCUUUGUGUGUCAUGUUUUGUUUAGUUGGGUGUUAUUUAGCCAUUUUGUGUAGUUUUACAAAAAAAAAAUCUGUUUUUGUAGCAACUUGCUGACAACAGGAAUGAGGCGGACGCCGUUUCCUUUCUUCAUUAGUUUUGUAUCUCCUCCUCAAACUGUCCGAGGGAUUGUAGUUUUUUAACUCUUCCAGGAAAGAUGCUUUCUGAACAGUUAAGAAUGUACUUCACUGUUGUUUCUCACCUGCUUCUCAUUUCAGCAGUCAAGUGACAAUCAUGUUGCGAGUAGAUGUUGCCAUGUUUGACUUAGAAAAUGUUCUGUUUUGUUGACAUUGAGCGAAUCUGUCAUUUUUUUCCAAUGAAUUAGUUUCACAUAUCAACCCGUUCCACUGAAGUCCUAACAUGUUAUAGCUUUAAGAACCUGCUGCCGUAAUAUUAUUGUAUUGCUUUGGUGUUUUUCCAUCUUCUGAGCCACAAUGAAUUGCAACAUGUGCAGUGAUCAUUGAAUAAGUGAUUCAGUUGUAGAUUAGUUGUUAAAACAUUUGCAUCCAAACCUUUGAUUCUCUACGUCAACAGGCAAAGAUUAAAUAAGUGAACUUAGAGAGCUCAAUGUGAUGUAAAUACCUAUUUGAGUCUUAUUUGCAGUGAAGUUUCAUCACAACAUGGUGGUUUCCUUGUUAAACUGAAUCAAUAAAGGCUGUCGACUUGA